CCUCGCAGGUUUACACCCGACUUCACGUCCUCCCGAGUCAUCCGGGAGCUGAAGCUGGUGACAUGCGGAGGCUCUGAGUUCGUGUUUGUCCUGAACGCCUCGCUGCCGUACCACAUGCUGGCAACGUGCGCCGAGACGCUGCCCCGCCCCGGCUGGGAGCUCGAGCUCUACAUCAUCGUGUCUCUCAUCAUGAGCUCCAUGUUUCUGCUGGUGAUCGCCACGGCCUACCUGGAGGCUCAGAGCAUCUGGGAGCCGUUCAAGAGACGCGUUUCCGUGGAAACCAACUCCACCAUGGAGACCGGGAGGCCGUUUAAUCUCAGGGAAAUCGUCCAGAUUCACAGCGACUCAAAGUGAGU